AUGCCACUGUUCGAUGCCACUGUUAAAUGGAAGCUUGCGUUUUUCAUUGGCACUCCAGUGGUGAUCGGUAUCUUGAAAUUUUGCUACGAGCAUGUUGCUUCGAAGGGUACCACGUCUGAAAAGAAGAAAGAGGAGCAGGAGCAGGAGCAGAAGCAGUCCGUAGACGAGCUGGAGGUUUCUGCAGAGCUGAAGGACAACGAGAUUUGUGAAACAAACCCGAAACCGGAUACACGCGUACAUCAGGCUGCCUUACGUUCGGCGAACGACUACAAGAACGAGGGAAGCCGCUGCUACCGGGAUCGCAAAUACUUGGAGGCAAUCAAAUUGUACGGUAUGGCAAUCGACACGUGCCCCGAGCAGCGCCCCGCGGAACUGGCCAUCUAUUAUCAGAAGCGCGCCGAUUGCUACGAGAAGCUCGAAAACUGGUCGAUGGUCAAGGAAGACUGCUCCAAUGCUCUGGAGCACGAUCAUCGGUAUGCCCAGGCGUACUACUGUCGGGCUCGUGCUCACGAGGCCACCGGGGACCUGAAGGAUUGCUUGAUUGAUAUCACGGCCGCGUGCAUUAUAGAAAUGUCAAUGAACGACGACUUGAACAAGUUUUUGGAGCGCGUGCUCAUGAAGACGGCACGUAUCGAUGCUGAAUGGAAAGUCUACUCCCAGGCUCCGCUGUUUGCCAAAAAGUUCGACAUACUUUCAUUCACGAGAUCCUUUGCCACGGAUGAGAUGAUGAACGGGUCCUCGGACGCACCUCCGCCGCGUGGGUUUCAUCGUGCCCUUAGCGCUUUCCACAAGGAGCAAUUCGCGGAUGUCAUCCCGUCCUGCACCGAGGAGAUUGAUUCCUCCGAGGCUGACUACAAGAUGGAGGCGCUGCUCAUGCGCGGCACUUUCCAGCUGUUCCGCGGCGCCUGCGAGGAGGGAAAACAGGACGUCGAUGCAGUCCUUCAGAGAAUCCACGCGAAUGAACAAUUACGCAUCUCCACUUAUCUUUGGAGUGCUGUUCUCCAGGUGUUGUUGGGCAAGAAACAGGAGGGGCUGGAGAUUUUGGAGCAAGCAGAGAAGUGGCAUCCCAAUAAUGCCGAUCUAUUCUAUCAACGUGCUUUACUGCUAUGCGACAUGGAGAGGUUUCACGAGGCCUUCUGGGACUUCAGUCAGGCCUCGCAGCUGGCUCCUCUCAACGCUACCACAGAACUCCAGAAAUACUUUACCGAAUACCGUAUCGCGGUCCGUGAAGAAAACCAGCUCGGCAUCCAGAUGGCGAUCAAGGACCUCCAAGAGUCAAUCGCCAGUUUUCCCCCUUGUGCGGAUGGCUACUCCAUGAUGGCGCAAGUGCGAGUCGACCAGAAGGAUUUCGCUGAAGCCAUGAAGUGCCUACAGAAGGCCGUCAAGUUGAAUCCGACCAAUGCCGCCCUGCUUGUCCAGAAGGCCAUGCUGGAGGAGCACUGGCACGGCGACCUCAAGAAAGUUGCCAUGAUGCUCAAAGCAGCAAUCUCUGUAGAUCCGCAGUGCUAUUUGGCUCACUGGAAGCUAGGGCUCGUGCACUUAAUGCUAGGGAACCUAACGAAAGCAGUUGGCAAUUUUGAAAAGGCUUGCUUCCUUGCCAAAGACAACGACGAGCUGAUUCAAUCCUACAAGUUCCGAAAUGCAACGGUCGCGAAAAUCGGUGCCUUUCAACGGCUGCGCAUCGUGAAGGACGAUCCACUAUUGCUUGCUGAUCUUGGAGUGCUUGGAUCUCAGCGACUGGUUUUACUUUAA